ACCAAACGUUCAUAGCUAAAAAUACAGCACUCAUCCAUUCUUUGUCUACGCUUUUCCUUGGAAAUUUGCAUAUUUAUUUCGAUAAAAGAAUAACCCUGUAGAGUGUCAAGACCGCGGGAGAUUGCCUUUGUUUAACACGGCCAAAAUAUGUCGGCUAAAAGGUUUUAUAGAACAUUAAUUGCGCCGGUGACAGAUCAGGCCUUAUCAAAAAGUCGCGUUUGUUGAUCCUUAGAGAGAACUGAUCAGUGUAUUAUUUAUUUCAAAUAGUAAUAAUGAAUGUGCAACAGCUGUAUGAGGAGCCUCUGCUGCUCCAAGCUAUAUUCCUAGGAGAUGUCCACCAGGUUCUGUCACUAUUAUCUAGACAAGAAGAUGUACAUUGGCAGGAUAACAUGCAGAGAACAUUACUCCAUGCUGCUGCGUACAAAGGAGAUCCUGUUAUAAUAGAUAAUUUAUUAUUUCAUGGCGCUGCUGUGAAUUGUAAAGAUAACAAAUGGUUGACACCAUUACACAGAGCUUGUUGCUCCCGUAAUGAACUUGCAGUGGAUAGUCUUCUCCGGCACAAGGCAGAUGUUAAUACACGAGAUCGCAGUUGGCAGACUCCAUUGCAUGUUGCUGCUGCAAAUAACGCAGUUCAAUGUGCUGAACUUCUUAUUCCACUUUUCUUCAAUAUUGAUAUAACUGACAGAGGUGGUAGAACAAGUCUUCAUCAUGCCACUUAUAAUGGGCACUUGGAGAUGACGGAUUUACUGCUCUCUCACAAUUGUGUUGUUAAUGCGUGUGAUAAGAAAGACAGAAGAGCUUUGCACUAUGCUGCACAUAUGGGACACGAUCUUGUUGUAAGAUUAUUGAUUGACAAAGGAGCUGAUGUGGACGUUAAGGAUCGAGAACUUUACACUCCACUCCAUGCUGCAGUUGCAUCGGGCAAGGUAGAAUGUGUCAGAAUCCUUAUAGAGGCUGGUGCAGAUAUAGAAGCAAAAAAUGUCUAUGGAAAUACACCAUUACACGUAGCCUGCCUGAAUGGCCACGCAGAUGCUGUUUCAGAGCUCAUUCAUAAUAGAGCUAAUAUCGAGGCUGCCAACUACCGAGGGCAGACACCACUUCACGUUGCUGCGGCGAGCACUCAUGGCGUAGAUUGUUUAGAGGCUCUAUUACGAUCUGGUGCAAAGAUAAAUGUCCAAUCAGAAGAUGGACGUACACCAUUGCACAUGACUGCCAUCCAUGGAAGGUUCACCAGGUCCAAGAGUCUCCUAGAUGCUGACGCCUCACCUGACAUUAAGGAUAAGAAUGGAAACACUGCUUUACACGUUGCUGCAUGGUUCGGACACGAGUGCCUGACGACGACUUUGUUAGAAUGCCGAGCAUCCCCAGCAUCGCGGAAUGCGGAUCAGCGUACACCGUUACAUUUAAGUUGUCUAGCAGGACACAUAGAGGUUUGCAGGAAGUUACUACAGGUAGACAGUCGACGCAUAGAUUCCAGGGACAUUGCAGGACGUACACCUUUGCAUCUGGCUGCUUAUGGCUGUUCCGUUGAUUGUUUGGAUCUCCUGUUAUCAAGUGGCGCAAAUUUCAGGCUUACUGAUAACGAUAAUAGAUUAGCCCUGCAUUAUGCAGCUAGCCAAGGACAUUAUCUCUGUGUAUUUACUCUGGUUGGAUUUGGAAGUGAUUCUAAUGCUCAGGAUGUCAAUGGUGCAACACCUUUGCAUCUCGCAGCUGCAGCAUCCAAUCCUCAGGACUCAAGUGCACAAUGCGUUCAGUAUCUGCUAAAGCACAGAGCGGAUCCUCGUCUACGAGACAAACGUGGAUUCACUGCAAUCCACUAUGCAGUUGCAGGUGGAAACCAACCAGGUUUGGAAGCUCUCCUACAGGCAUCACCUCCAGGAAAUGCAGCUUUACAAUGCAGUUCUGGAUCUUCAAAUCGUCAGGAUCCACCUUCACCAGCACUGACACCACUUCAUCUUGCCGCUUACCAUGGUCAUAGUGAGAUCCUGAGAUUACUUUUACCAUUGUUCCCAAGCACUAAUAUUAAGGAAGACACAGGGAAACAUCCCCUGGACUUAGCUUCGUACAAGGGUCACAGAGAAUGUGUCCAGCUGUUACUACGACGUGGAACAUCGGUUUCCGUGCAGGACUCCGUUACUAGAAGAACACCUGUACACUGUGCAGCUGCAGCAGGACAUUCCGAUUGUCUAACUCUUCUUUUGGAAAACACAGAAGAUCCUACUGUAGUUGAUCGCUAUGAUGCUAAGCAAAGAACUGCACUGGCACUGGCCGUAGCUAAUAGUCAUACAGACUGUGCAACAUUAUUAUUGAGAUAUAAAGCCGACUGCAAUUUACCCGAUGUCAAUAAACACACUCCUCUCUUCCGAGCAGUCAUCCAGGAUUAUAAUCACCAGCUCGUAGACCUUCUUCUAAAACAUGGCGCACGAGUUGCCGCACAGGACAGUAACGGUAAAACUCCGUUACACCUGGCUGCUGCAUGUGGAAGACUUAAAGCUCUAGCAGCAUUAGUUAAGGCUGAUCCUAAAGCAGCUACGCUGAAGGAUGACCAAGGAUGCACCGUACUACACUGGGCAUGCUAUAAUGGAAACUCCAACUGCGUAGAAUAUCUCCUAGAACAAAAUGUUAUAGAUUCAUUAGAGGGUAAUCCAUUCUCCGCUGUACACUGCACUGUGCACCAGGGUUCUGCGCAUUGCCUUGAUCUCCUAAUAAAUAAAUUUGGAGGCCAGACUGUCGCUGCCCCUAGGGACACACCUGGCGGAAGGCUUCCACUUCACAUUGCAGCCAGUGCCGGUUCUGUAGAAUGCGCUAGAUUAAUUUUGAGCUCUGUAGGGCCUGAAUUAGCAGGUCUAGAGUCUCCCGAUUACAGUGGUCGAACACCGUUACUUAGUGCAGCUGUCACUGGACAAUGCAAUGCGAUUGAAUUACUAUUGGAAUGGAAAGCGGACGUCCGUGCCGUGGAUUCUGGUAAAAACACUGCCUUGCAUCUCGCCUGCCAGAGACGUCAUUCGGCAGCUGCAUCUCUUCUCUUGGACCACAUAGAUUCCCUAAGGUCAGGUACAGAUAGCACACAGCAAUUAAAAACCUCUGUUAUCAACAUGGUCAAUAAGCAGCAACGUACUCCACUUCACUUGGCUGCGAGAAAUGGUUUAGUUAACAUCACUAGAAGAUUGCUCCAACUAGGGGCAAGUGUUGUCGCUGUAGAUGCUGAAGGUUUGACACCCGCCUUGGCCUGUGCCCCAAAUCCAGCAGUAGCACGUUGUCUAGCAACAAUCCUCGCAGCUCACGGCCAAACUUCUGAAGCUGCUCAGCAAUCGCCGUCCAUACAACAAACCUCAGAGGUCUAUCUAAACGGCCGCACCGGAGAUUCACAGCACAGUUCAGACUCCGAAUUUUACUGACAGCAACUGACACGCUUAGACCGUCGAUCCUUCCAGGAUUUAAAUGUUGAUACGAUGAGGGGUAAUAUAGAAGCUGCACGAUUAGUCUGGUCUAGCUGUUGGCUCUUCUCAAUAUUCGCAUAGAGUCACAUCCUGGUGCAUCGUGGGUUCUGAUAAUUAAAUAAUGCACAAUAAGCGAUCAAAGAUUGUCAAUUGAGAAUCAGUACUCCUUUGCAAGUUUACCAUUACUACUCUUCCCACUACUACUGCUACUGCUACUACUGUUACUAUUACUAUUACUACUACCACUACUACUACUAUUACUACAGCUACAAUAGGCAUAGUUCACCCUAAGCAAAUCGUAACAUUGACAAUAUACGUGGCACCAGUGCUAACGAUAUUUUCAUAUUACUAACUAAAUCAGCUAAAACUAAUAUGUCAAUCCGCAAAGAGGCAUUCCCGAGGGAAUAGGAUAUAAGAAUACAAUAUUUCCAAAAGCAGGAAUGACAAUUAGAGUACAAAAAUUCCAGAACUCUAUAUUCAUUGUACCUCUUAUUACGGAUGUCCAAUGAAACAAGGCGCUAAUUAAUUAAUCCGAUUCCAUUGUGCAAUUCUCCAUGACAUCUAUAUUAAAUGAGAAUAGUAUAUUCUGAUAUAGUAUAUGACAGUUACUUAGGAGAGGAUUAGAUGCUAAGUAAUUCCAUGCAUUAGGAGAGAACAGUCUUACACACUCCUGUAGGAGCUAAGCGGAUUUUCUAGAUAAUCAGUUCUAAUAACGUGAUUCUCAAUUAUAGUAUAUUCUGAUACUGCGAAAUGGGUAUAAAUCUAUAGUAAACACUCAUGGCCAUUCCUCGGGUAUUUCGCAAUAGUUAAAAAGUACGAAAACCCAUAUCAUUGCACUUGGAACAAUAAAUUCGUACCGACGCGAAAUGCAGAACGAUCUAGAACCGCAUAAUAAAUAUAUUGAAUUAACACGUAACGAUAAAAUAAAAGUCAAUGGAAUCGCGCUGGCAUUUGAAAAGUGCCGCGUCCGAGGAAUUCCGUUUUGAUUAAAUCAUUAGUAAUUUCGUAACAACGUUAAUAAGCACAAUCGUUUCUCCAUAAACAUUAACAAUUAUUAUUAAUUUAUAACGAGCUUAACGAUGGACAAAAAAGAGUUCACUUAUACUUUGUAUCGAUGACGAUUGAUUUCUCGGCGUGUGACGUCGUGCUAAAAAAAUGGCAUUUAUUAAAACAAAAAUGUAUUUAUAUCAUAAAUACAAUGUUCCAUUAUCGUAUAAGUUUUGCUGUCACAGAUUGACUGUCUUCCAUAAUUAUAUAAUGAUUUCACCUCGAUCACGUCUCGUAAUUGCAAUGAGUUGUUUUACUUCCUUCUUUAUUUUUUCAAAAUUAUACAACGUCGAGUUUCUCGUCCUAGAAUGGAAAAAGAGAAUGAAAAUUUAGCAAUAAAAACAAUUAUUCAAUACACACACUACACGUGGAAUUUAUAGAUCUUAUUCGUUGACGUUUCUAAAAAAGAAAAUGCCUCGCGUAAAAUUCAUUUUCUUUUCUCGCUUUGUAAAUACUUAUAAGGGCGAUUGUCCUAAUUCUCCCUACCGAUAAAGGGACACGAUGCGCCUGUACAUAAUUAAUCUAUGAGUAACAUAAAAGGGAAUAAGGUUGUUGAGGGAAACUAAUACAUACGUACUUUAGAUAUGCGCAAUCGAUAUUACUACAUAUUUUCAUAGUGAAUUAAUUUAGCGAAGCCUCGACUGCCUCAAUGCGAAUUAUUCACAUUGAUAUAUGUAUAAAUGCAUAUGCAUAUAUAUAUAUAUAUAUACACACACACACUAUACUGUAUUGACAUUAAUUUUGUACAUUUCGCUUGGUCUCAUACAAUUAUCAUCAGUCCCAGCACUAGGAUUUAACACUGGGAUUGUCAAGAAGACAGUUUAAAGUUAAACUUAGAUUAAUUUCAAUUUAAUUAUCUUUUUGUAAUACUAAACCCUCUCUAAUUAAUCCAAAAUUCAUUCCGUGUCGUUAACGAUAGGAAUCGAUAAAUAAAAUCGAAAGAAGAAUAUUGUUUCUUUCGACAUGUGCAGUACUUACCACGAUUUCUAAUCGAUUAGAGGAAUAAUUUUUUUUCUUUUUUACACAUAUAUAUAUAUAUAUAUAUAUAUAUAUAUAUUUAUUUAUUUUCUAAGGUGUACGUAUUAUACAGGUCGACUAUGUAACAAAUAUGUAUUUUGUAUUGUAUUGUACACGAUCAUGUACACCAGCACGUGUAAUAACUACCCACGUUCAAUUAUUCGUCGUUGUUGAAUACCGAGCAAGUAAUGUAUACAUAUUAAGAGAGUCAAUGAUAAAGAGAGUGAGAGGGAGAGAGAAAGGAGGAAGGAAAAUGAAAGAAAAAAAACUUAACAAGAUGCAACGUCUGUGCACGUUAAUUUUUGUGGUUCAAAUGUGCAAUCCGAAGGCGUCGGUACGCGGUACUCUUGCAACGCCAUUUCCGCCCUGGGACGCCUUAAAAAUUCUAGACGCCCAAUUGGGAUAACACGAAGAGCUAGGAGGUAGGCGUCAACGUAUCCAGGUAAAAACGGUCGCUGUAUUAUUGACCGUGUGAUCAUUUAAAGUUUUAAAACUCUCUCUCUCUCUCUCUCUGUCACUUUAUUCUAACAAUUGAAACCGAGGGGGUGUUAUCAAUAAUAACGAGACGCACAUAGACUCAUUGUCAGGAUGUCGACCUAGGACCUAAUUAAGGUGAUGGACGCCAUUUGGCGCGCCGAUAAAAUAAUAAAAUUAUCAAUGCCUAUUAAAAAGCGACUUUAACAAUUUAAGAAAUCUUAGGCGUAUAAAAUACUCUGUACUACGGAUAGUACUAAAGUAUAAUUGCUGUAGUAGAGCGAUAAGGCAUAACAAUAAAAAUACUAUUUUAAAUACCGUAAA